CACACGAACACUCACGAGCGGUAUCGAACUCUUCGAUCGGAAUGCUUUUUAUGAUGCCAUGUAUAUUUAUUAAUACCAUAAUCCUGUUUGGACACUUGGGAUGACUAGCACUUAGCAUAUCAGCACGAUAUGUUUUAAUAUGCUGGCAAAAACUCUACCGUACCAUGGGUGAAUGAAUGCUGCCAGCUUUUAUCUCGAGCCGUUAACGUGGACCCAUAAAAGUGUCUCGCAGUUUCAUAACAAUCUGUUAUUUUCCUUCGCACCAAAGUACAUCCCUGAUAUGAAGGAUCAACGAUAUGUUUCACAUUUGCUGCUUCAUUCGUCGAACUAAACGGCACUUCAUGGACGGUUUCACUCCAGUGGGAGUAUUAUUUCCGAAACUUUGUCGUAAAAUUUAACCUUUGUGAUAAAUACCACACCACAGUACGCCACAGGUACGAAGAGUACAUAUUGAUUUUAGGUAAAUGACCAUUGCUAUUCGUUGAAUAUAUAAUUCACUCUUUGAACGUAUACCUUUCUUCUCCUAAGAAUAUGUAUUGCAGUGUAGUGCAGUCUUAAUAUCGUUGUUGAAAAAUCAAUAAAAUUUCUCAAUUUAAUAUCAAAUCGACAGUACUUGUAAAUUUAUAAUUUAUAAAGAAAUCUGUUCAAAGUGCUUGAUAAAUGUGCACACCUUUCGGAAAACAGGAAUACGACAUACCUCUGUUCAGUAAGCAGCUAGUAUUCUUUUAAUCGGGGAAUCUGCCAGCUGCUGUCGUUUAAGAUCAAUUAAAUUGUCAGACAAUUAUUUAAUGAAAAGAAAAUGGCAGGCGUAUAGCAUAUAAAUAAAAGUUUAUACGUGGAGUUGUUAUCAGUUCACCAUGGAGUUUCUACGGAGGCUAAAGAAGCAUAGCUUUUUUCACUACUCUGCGCCAGAUCCUUUGCAAGGCAGCAUGGAUUUAACUGCAGGAAUUGAGUCCUUUAACAAAUCAAUGGGAGUGUCUUUUUUCAAGCGCAAGCAUUCUUUCGUCAACUUCUUCUUUAUCUUCGGUAUCAGCAACUUGGUGCUCUACGUUGUGAGUGUGUUAAUUUCGUCGUAUAAAUCGCGCCACGAUAUUAUUAAGCUAAUCUACUGCAUUGCUACAUUUGGAUUUUGCUGUCAGGCCAUUAUGAAAAUAUACAGCUUUAUUAUAACUCGUCAGCGAGUCGUUGAUUUGUACGAGAUCAAUCAUCGUUACUAUCAACAUAUGAUGGGUCAAAGUAUUGCAGUCAAGCGUGUGCUGUGCGAUAAUGCCAGUCUUAUUUACAUCGUGAUUAAAGUGACUGUUCUAGUUUAUCUUCUAUUAGUGAUAACAGCAAUGAGCAUUCCUGGUUUGUCAUCGAUAUUUCUGGCAGAUCGCAUACUGCCGUUUGGAUUUGUCAUGCCCUUCAUAGAUGCAAACACAUUGGCUGGGUACUAUGCCAACUAUGGCAUUCAGCUUAUAAUGGCCAUUUACUAUUGGAUCAUCACGGUUGGGUCUGACAUCACUACCAUCUACAAUCUACUGACUGCGUACGGCCAACUGGACGUCCUGAUGACUAUCACAGAGGAACUGAAUGAACAGCUUGAACGUAAUGAGAGCCUCGAUACGAUCCAAGAUAAAAUAGUUGAGAUCAUACGGCAGUAUCAGCACCAUCGAACUUACUUAAAGCAACUUGUAGACUUUUUGAAUCCAUACCACUUUGUAACGCUCAUCUCAACGGUUCCAACUAUGGUUAUCUCGGUGCUGGGAUUGGUUUUGCUGGAUUGGUAUCCGGGGGCUGCUAUUGUGUUUCUUGGAUCGGUUCAAAUAUUUUACAUUUGCUUUCUUGGAACCAGCCUCGAACUUAAGACCGAUGCUCUCACGUUGAAAAUUGGUGCCAUCCAUUGGGAUAAACUCUCUGUUCGAGACAUGAAGUUCAUGAAAAUGGUGCUAAUGAUGUCGCAAAAACCGAAAAUGCUGAUGGCAGCCACGUUACCCUUAAACAUUACGGCGUUUUUGCAGAUUCAUAAGUUUAUAUAUUCAUUGAUUAUGAUGCUGGAAAACACUAAAGGUUGAUUAGUACAUCUGUAAAUAGUUUUGUUGUGGCUAAAAUGUGCCACAAUAAAAAUGAAGCAAUAGUUUCAAUAGGUCGUUGCAUAAUCAGUAAAGAUUAAAUUUAAAUAUUUUAUUGUUUUGAUUGACUUUCAUACAAAUUAUGAAUCAAGAUACAGCAACUAAUGACAUGCUUCAAUUUUUACUUUUGUAUCAUUUCAAGCUCGAUAAUAUACUGGAGCACUGCAAUAAAUAGAACAAAAAGUUAUAUAACACACAGAAGAUGUAUCGUAAUCCAGUGCAACAUCAUCCGAUUUUAUUUUUAAAUUACUUUAUUACAAAAAAGCAAUACAACAAAUUCGAGCAGUCUGCGAGCUCACAUGAGACCUUGUACACCAUACAACUUCAUAGUCUCAGCGCCCUCGCAGUUAAGCAGCUUCGGUUGAGCAAUUCCAUUACAUGCAAACCUCUACAAAAUGCCAGCGCUAUUCAACUUACAAAACAUUUCCCUACGUGAAUAAC